AUGAGCAACAUCAACAACACCAAUGACCAUGUCAUUGUUAGUGAGACUUCUUCAAAGAAAAAAAUGAAUGACAAAGAGAACUUGAUGAAUUCUUAUGUUUUUAAGCAUACUCACUUUGGAAAUCGCACUUCCAACUGUGCAGAAAGUACACAUGCUUCAUUAAAGCAUGCCCUUGGAACUUCAUCUGGUAAACUGAAGACAGUCACCAUAAAAGUUACCAAGUGGUAUGAGGAGUUGAUAUGUGUAUGCUUUAUUAUCUUAAACAUUAAUGGAUUAAACUUUAUAAUAAUGGUAAUUAAUGAGAUUGACAAUAGAAAGCGUAGAUUGACAAUGGACUGUCUCGGAGAGAGCACUACCAUUGUGUUUUAUAAAAUCAAUUCUUCCCAGUUGAAUAAUAUUUGCCAUAAAAUUCGUCUUUUUGCAAUGGAUCAUAUCAAACUUGAACUCGCCAAAUCAAUCAUAUCUGAAAAACUUCCAAAAGAACAAUGGAGAAUAAACUACUUUGAAGAAGAAGACCACUCGAUUAUCAACAACACGUUACCUGUAUCUAAAAAUAUUAACAAGAUUACAACCAUAACACUCCAACUUGAUUAUAAGCUUGAAAGAAUUACCCAAAUACUCAACAGCGCCCAAAGCAAAAAACAGCAAGUAAAUUUUGAAGAAUAUAUUGACAAAAUAAUAGAAUUAGAUGCUAAGCAGAAACUUGAGAACAUUAAUAGUUCAACAAUAGUGAAAGCUAUCUCACAUGUGGUAUUUCAGUUUCUUAAGGCUUUCUUCCUUUACUAUAUUUGGUUAUUAGAGUGUAUUUACUGCUUAACUAGUGUCGGUGUUACAAUUAUGACAUCAAGUCAUAAAUUAGCUUUAGGACUUCCUACUAAAUUAGCUCCAUAUCGAUCUGACACAGUUUACCCGGCAAUGAUAGCUACUACGCUAUCCCAAUAUGAAUAUGUUCUUAUAUGUGAUAAAUCCAACAUCCGAGUGUCUGGAUCACCACAUCACAAAGUCAUAACUCUACCUGAGCUUUUGAAGGCUACCACUGGCAUGUCAGUGGAUCUCUUUACCUCCACAUUGGAUACCAAGGCCUGCAAGAAAAUUAUUGACACUUACCCACCAAUUCAGGAUAUGGUUUACCCCCCUCUUGCCACUCUUUCUGUUUCUCUGGCUCAAUUCAAGCUACAUCAAGUAAAGGAAGACACUCUUCUGCAUAACUUACAGUAUAAUUUGUCUGGUUCUUUCUGGCCAUUGGACAUCUUGGCCUACUAA